AUGAAAAAAAACACAAUUAAUCCAAGCAAAUAGAAUGAAUGCAUUUUUGAUCUUCUACCUGAAGCAUCUCCAACACUUUAGACUGAAUUCAAGAAACAACAACCAAUUAAAUAAGAAACCUCAAUAAUUAAUACUCAAGAUUAAACAGAUAAAUAUGGUUUCAAGUCACAAAAAGAAUUGAAACAGAAAAAUGAUCCAAAAACUCUGAAUGCCAGAAUACAAAAAUGGAGAAUCACGAUAGAUCUCUUUGAUAAACAAGAAAAACCAGAUAAAAAAUUACUUAAAAAUAGAACUCGCAAAGGCAUUCCUGAUGGUUUCAGAAACUUAGCUUGGCCAUAUUUAGCUGGAGUACCACAAGCAAAAAUAGAUUCCAUCAUUUAUUUGAAAUGUGGAAAAUAUGAGGAAUUCCUCAAAAGUCAAGAAUUUAAUUUUGAACAUUAAAUCAGAUUGGAUGUUCUACGUACAUUUCCUGAUAAUGUUAAUUUUCAAGAUUAAACUGUUUUAUCUGAAUCUCUUGUAAAUGUUCUUAAAGCCUUAUCUGUUGCCAUCUCCGACAUGGGCUAUUGUCAAGGCUUAAACUUCUUAACAGCUGCCCUUAUUAUGGUGACAAAUGAUGAAAAUGCAUUUUGGAUUUUAUUUCGUCUAAUGACUAAAUAUAAUCAGGCAGAAAAAUAUAAAAAUCCAAGUUCACUUCUGAGAGAAUUCUUUAUCUUGGAUUGCUUGAUAAAUCAAUACUAUCCAACAACUGCCAAAAUCUUAAAGAAGAAUAAUAUUGAUUUGUUCUAUUUUGCAACUGAAUGGUUUAUCACUCUAUUUGCAUCUACUUUACCAAUAGAUCUAUUCUAUAGAGUCUUUGAAAUAUUCCUACUUGAGGGGGAAAAAACUCUAUUUAGAUGCGCCUUGGCUAUAAUUCAUUUUAAAGAGUAGAAAUUAAUUUAAUUACAAAACAAUUUUGAAAUAAGUUUGAGACACUUAAAAUCUUUAGAUGAUUUCUUCACAAUUGAUAAUGAUCAAUUUAUAAACGUCAUGUUUAAUAAAUUCAAAUUCUCUAGAUAGUUAAUCUAGCAAUUAGAAGAGAAGUACAAAAAAUAGAAGAAAAAAUGA